AACAAAGCUUUGUUAUAAGGGUUGAGUCAUUUUUUUAAAAAAAAUAUCUAAAUUUGUUUUAUUAAUUUUUUCCGAUAAAACAGUAAAAUAAUAAGCAUUCAAAGACGGCAUACAAACUAUGAAUAGAUAUUCAUACGCUACUGAUUCAACGUAUCAAGAGGGUAAUAAUUCUCGUGUUGGUGCUAACACCAUGGACGAAAUAAUCACGCUUAUCAAACAAGAUCUUCCUGAAGGCCGACAAAGCCUUAAGGAUUCAUUUCUUAAUCUCGAAAGAGUUGCAGAAUACUGUGAAGAUUCUUAUUAUAGAUCAGAGAACAAGAAAGCAGCAUUAGAAGAAACAAAAAACUUCACAACACAAUCGCUUGCCUCGGUUGCUUAUCAAAUAAACACUCUUGCAUCAAACUACAUCCAAUUGCUUGAUUUACAAGCGAAUAAUUUAGCUGAAAUGGAGUCUCAAAUGAAUCACAUCGCUCAAACGGUAAUGAUUCAUAAGGAAAAAGUAGCACGAAGAGAAAUUGGAGUUUUGACAGCAAACAAAGUCUCAACACGUCAAUAUAAAAUCGUUGCACCAUCUAAUCCGGAAAAGCCAAUAAAAUAUGUGCGAAAACCAAUCGAUUAUUCAUUAUUGGAUGAAGUUGGACAUGGAAUGACACUUGGCUCUAAACAACAAUCGAAACGCAUUUCAAGUCAAGUUUCAAUUCAAUCAACAGUUCCACCACCAACAACGAAACCUCCGACACCACCACAAACGGGUUCAGUUCGAGCAAGUACCGGUCCGAAGAUCAUUAGCAAUACUGGAACAUUGGGCAAGUCUCGUGGUGAAUAUCGAGCCCCACCAGUUGUCAUUCCUCCUCAGGUUCCAUCACACUACGCUCCAAAUUAUCCAAUUGGUCAUCCUCGACGACAAAACAGCAGCAGCUCGUCAGUUGGUGAUCGCGGACCUGGCUACAGUUCAUUGCCAAUGCCACCAAGUCAACAAGUUGCAAUGCAUUUGAAUUCAACUCAACCAAUGUUACAUCCCAUGCAACAUCAAACAUCUCAAUAUGAUGAUCGAAGCAGCAUGAAUAUGCCACCACCACCAUCCCCAUUGACAAUCACGCAUUCGAUUACUCAUGAAAUGCCAGAUCAACAUCACAUAGGUUUGCAUACACUUUCACGUAAUAUGCCACGACCAGGUAGUCAGAGUCCACCACUGCCACCUCCACCUGAAGAACAUGCUGACUUUGGACGACCGAGGCAGCAAAGCUUAGUAGCAGCAAUUGUUCCUGAUGAUCAAAAUCUUCCAGGAUGGGUCCCAAAGAAUUACAUUGAGAAAGUUGUCGCAAUUUAUGAUUAUUAUGCUGAUAAAGACGACGAGUUGAGUUUUCAAGAGUCUUCAGUUUUAUAUGUUCUUAAGAAGAACGACGAUGGAUGGUGGGAAGGUGUUAUGGAUGGUGUCACUGGACUUUUCCCAGGAAAUUAUGUUGAACCAAAUCAACAAUUCACCAAGCUUCGUGUUCAAUUCUAA